GAGAGAGAAAGAGAAAGCAUGGUUUCUCCUCUCCGGUUGGGUGAAUGUCUGCACCCUUCCAUGUUUAUGGCCUUAUGUUAUGUUCUAUGUUGGGCGUCUCUCCUUCUCCUCUAAAUCCUCUCUCAACCCUUUCUUCUUACCUCAAAAUUCCUACAAAGGGGCAAGCUUAUCAGACAUAGUUUAGAGCGAGCAAAGGCAACAAAGACAGCUUAUGGAUUUGAGUACCAGCUUGUAGGGGUAAAUGUUGUACUUGUUGGAACUGAAGGCUUUAAAUGAACUGUGUUUUUGGGUGUAGAGAAAGAAUGGAGACAGAGAUACAGGAGGCAAAGGCAAUGAAUAGGAAAUGAGUAUUUUGCAGUUGGGUGGCCACUGGAAUGAUGGUCUCAUUAUUCAAGGCAUAGAGAUCAGGCCAGUUAGUGGUAAACAAAUAAUAAGAUUUUGUUUCCAUCAAUGUGUUUACACCAUAAAUUACAAAGUUGUUU